AUGGUAACCGAGUUACGAUGCCUGCGAAAGCGGGAACAGCAGCUCCGAAAGUUGUUAGAUGGCAUACAAUUCUUUGUUGAUGAGUUUGAAGAAGAGCGAGACAACGGACAGGUAGAUCUGCGGUUGCAAGGACUGGAUGAAGUUUAUAAAGAAUUUUUCGUGAUUCGGAGCAAGCUAGAAUUAUUACUUGAGGAUGCAGAGGUUCAGAAACAUGCUGAAUCUGAUCCUGAUGUGAAAGUUGAGGCUUUGGAACAACUAGAUGACGAAAACGACCGUAUUCUUCAAGAGUUCCAAAAGCAGUUCUAUGUCCUGAAGGCAUCGCUGCUAGCGUUGUUACCUUCUCAUCAUGAGUCCGGAUCGCAGAAUAAUCGAGAUGAUAGUUGUGACAUACAACCGCCAGUGACAUUUUCGAAAGUGAAGUUACCAGAAAUCCGUCUACCGUCAUUCAGUGGUAAGAUUUUUGAAUGGGUAACCUUCCGUGAUGCGUUUUUGAGUCUUAUACACAGUAAUCCGCAGUUGAAUGAUAUGGAUAAAUUCACAUACCUGAGGUCGUCGCUGACUGGAGCUGCAUUGCAAGAAAUAAGCUCGGUGGGAUUGUGCGCUGCUAACUAUACAAUCGUUUGGGAAAUGUUAGAAAGACGGUAUGAGAAUAAAAAGCUUAUUGUAAAGGCUCACUUGGACGCACUGUUUGCCAUUGAAGAAAUCAAACGAGAGAGCUUCGAAAAACUCAACUAUGUCAUCAGCGAGUUCGAGAAAAAUCUCCAAAUGUUAGAAAAGCUCGGUGAGAACACUUCCGGGUGGACCACCAUUCUUGCAUACAUGGUGUGCUCAAAACUCGACUCCGCUACGCUUCGUCAGUGGGAAAAUCAUCAUAGCUCGAAAGAAGUUCCUACAUAUACCGCUUUAAUCAGUUUUCUUCGAAAUCAUUGCGACGUUCUGCAAUCAAUUGUUACUGUUAAAACCCAAACUCCAGAUCAACGUUCAUCUAAGCAAUCCGUUUGUCACGCCACAGUAAAGACACCAAAUAGAUGCCCGUUUUGCAACGAAUCGUGGCAUGUCGCUUUCCAGUGUGUUACAUUUCAACGUAUGAAAGUUUCGGAGCGUGUUGAAGCCGUCAGUACACAUAAGUUGUGUCGUAACUGUCUACGUCCAGGCCAUUACGCGAGUUCCUGCGAAAGAGGAGUAUGUCGUCAUUGCCAGAAGAAGCAUCACUCUAUGCUGCAUGGACCGUCAAGGUUCUCCGUUCCACACUCGCAACCGAAAAUUACGCCACAAGAACCACAGCCGCGUCAGUCUCCAAAUAAGCAACACAAUCCGAACCAACAGACACACACAACCACUGCCAAUUUGCAACGCACAAACAAUACACAGCCUACCACAGACACGCCCACCACAAGUCAAACUUGCGUAGCACUUCCCAACACGACAACACAGAACAUACUUUUGUCAACCGCUCUUGUAACAAUUAAAGAUCGAUUUGGAAGAACCAUGUUGGCACGAGCUCUACUCGACUCGUGUUCGCAGCACUGUCUAAUGACGGCAAGUUUUGCCAACAAGCUACAGCUUCGGGAAACACCAAAAUACUUAUCAGUCCAAGGAAUCGGUUCAGCAAGAUCCGUUUCAACAAAGUUGGUCAGUGCCGAAGUCGGUCCCAGAUCCAGGAUUAUUUCACCGUUUACUGAAGAGAUGCAGUUUCACGUACUGCCGAAGUUAACUGUCCUCCUACCAACAGCGAAGGUUAAUCCUGUUGAGUGGAAUCUUCCAGAUUCAACGUUAAUUGCGGAUCCCAGUUUUCAUGAACCGGGUCCAGUUGAUUUAAUCAUUGGAGCCGAAUACUACAUGGACUUGCUGAAGGAUGAGCGAUGGAAAGCAACGCCUUUAGGUCCGACCUUACAGAACACGGUAUUUGGUUGGAUAGUCUCUGGACGAGUUCCUGCAGAUUCAAGCAGCGAGACACAUUCACUGGUUCAUGUAUGUUCGACAGCGGAGGUCGAAGAACAGCUUACAAGAUUCUGGGAACUCGAGACAUGCCAUACUACAAGCAUCAAUUCCGUCGAAGAAUCCACUUGCGAGAAACUCUUCGAGAAGACCACUGAGAGAGAUGAGAAGGGUAGAUUUUUAGUAACUCUACCGAAAAGAGAUAAUGUUAUCAAUAAUUUGGGGGAAUCGAAGGCAAUAGCUCUCAAGCGAUUCAUGAGACUAGAGCGUCGAUUCGCUGCCAAUCCAGAAUUAAAAGCAUUAUACUCAAAUUUCAUUCACGAGUAUCGGACUCUUGGUCAUAUGAGGGAGAUAAACGAUAAUACUGUCAAAUGCAAGACUUAUUAUUUGCCACAUCAUGCUGUUCUAAAACCAGACAGUACCACCACGAAGUUACGAGUGGUGUUCGACGCAUCUUGCCGGACUUCAACCGGAGUUUCCUUGAACGACGGCCUAAUGGUUGGUCCUGUCGUCCAAGAAGACCUACUCAGUAUAGUUUUACGCUUUCGUGUUCACCGAUUUGCAAUAGUGGCCGAUAUUGCAAAAAUGUAUAGAAUGACGUUCGAGUUAACAACCGUUACGUACGGCACCGCAUCUGCCCCGUAUUUGGCUACAAAAUGCCUGCAAACUUUAGCACAGCAAGGAGAGCAAGCGUACCCAGAUGCCUCCCAGGUAUUGAAGCACGAUUUCUACGUGGACGAUAUGCUUUCUGGAGUCGACAACAUCGAAGACGGAAAGAAACUGAUUCCACAGCUGGUCCAACUUCUACAGUCCGCCGGAUUUUCACUUCGCAAGUGGAAUUCUAACAGUAGAGAACUUAUUUUGAAUGUACCAGAACAGCUAAGAGACGAUCGUUCAAUCUUGGAGUUAGACUCAUCAAGUACACCCAUCAAGACGUUAGGACUUGUAUGGGAGCCUAGUACCGACAGUUUUCGAUUCAGUAUCCCAAAAUGGAACUCAGCAGCUGUAGUUACCAAGCGUACAGUACUAUCAGACGUCUCUCGAUUAUUUGACCCUUUAGGUCUGGUCGGUCCUGUCAUCAUUCAGGCAAAAAUUUUUAUCGAGCAAUUGUGGAAGAAUGAUUGUUCGUGGGAUGAACCACUCAAAGUAAACCUACAAGAAUAUUGGCAUGAGUAUCGGAGAAAUCUAGCUGGAUUAGAUAGUCUUUCUGUUCCAAGAUGGAUUGGAAUAUCAAACAACGUUGUAUCUGUGGAACUACACGGUUUCUGCGACGCAUCUGAAGUCGCAUAUGGAGCCUGCGUCUAUAUUAGAACUGCAACAGAGACUGGAUGCGUAUCUGUGCGAUUGUUAAAAUCCAAGUCGCGAGUAGCACCAUUGGAAAACUUGAAGAAAAGAAAGAAAGGACAGUCCAUACCUCGCCUGGAGUUGUCGUCAGCUCUUUUGCUUGCUCAUCUGUACGAAAAGGUCGAUCAAAGUCUCCGUAUCUCCGUUGAAUCAUUUUUCUGGACAGAUUCAAUGAUCGUAAAGUGUUGGCUGGCAUCAUCGCCGUCCAGAUGGAAGCAAUUCGUGGCAAACCGAGUCUCCGAAAUUCAGCACAUCACGAAGGAUGGUAUUUGGAACCACGUUGCCGGUGUUGAGAAUCCAGCAGACAUUAUCUCUCGUGGGAUGACCCCUGCCCAACUUCAAUAUCAAAAUGUAUGGUUUCAUGGCCCACAGUGGUUAUUACUAGACGCAGCACAUCGACCGCAACCUCAACGAAUACACGAAGAAAAUAUCGAGACUGCAAAUUUGGAGGAGAAAACAACAAGUUUAGUCGUUCAAACAACUUCAUCUAGUGAUAUCUUCAAUCUACGAUCAUCUUUGUCGGAACUCGUUCGCAUUACUGCUUAUAUUCGCCGCUUUCGGUUCAAUGCUCAAGUUGUCAAUCGUAAUUGUAGAAAGAGUGGGUUUCUUUCGUCAUCAGAGCUCCACGACGCAUUAAAAGCAUUGGUUAGGGUUGCUCAACAGGAAAGUUUUCCACAAGAACUUUCCGAUCUAUCCAAGCAGACUCACGUUCGGGAUUCAUCACGUAUACGUUCUUUAAAGCCGUGUCUCAUUGAAAGCAUACUGUGCGUCGGCGGCCGGCUGCGACAUGCAGUAAUAUCACCGAGCCGCAAGCAUCCGUACAUUCUCGAUCCACAUCACCCGUUCACAAAAACCAUAGUCAUUCACUAUCAUCGAACAUUGUUUCAUGCUGGGCAACAACUGUUGAUUUCAACUAUGCGAGAACGUUUUUGGCCUGUGUUUGCAAGAAACUUAGUAAGACAGGUAAUUCAUGAGUGCGUUGCUUGUUUUCGAGCACGACCCAAGGCUCAUGAACAAAUCAUGGCUGAUCUUCCCCCCGAAAGAGUAGUUCCCUGUUCUACUUUUCAAAGAGUGGGAAUCGAUUUCUGCGGCCCCUUUUUUAUAGUAUAUCCUCAUCGCCGUUGCCGGCCAACAAAAUGUUUUAUCGCCGUGUACGUCUGUCUUGUAACUAAAGCUAUCCAUAUGGAAGUAGUCGCUGAUCUCACAACACAAGCGUUUGUGGCAUCGUUAAGACGUUUCUCAGCUCGACGUGGGAAACCAGAGUUGAUUAUGUGUGACAACGCAAAGAAUUUCGUCGGAGCUAAGAGAGAGCUUGAUGAACUUCGAAAUCUGUUUCUCAGCCAACAGUUCCAGAAUACUGUUCUAAAAGAGACGGCCAAGGAUAGUAUUGAAUUUAGAUUCAUACCAGCCCGAUCGCCAAACUUCGGUGGAUUGUGGGAAUCUGCGGUUAAAUCGUUUAAAACGCUGUUCAAACGUACUAUCGGUCUGCACACUUUGGUAUACGAUGAAAUGCAAACGAUUCUAGUUCAGAUUGAAGCUAUUCUGAACUCUCGGCCACUUACCCCGGUUAGCAAUGACCCUGAUGAUUAUGAAGCGCUAACCCCAGGGCAUUUUUUAAUACAACGUCCACUGACGGCAAUACCAGAACCAGAUGUCGGAGAGAUACCAGAAAACAGAUUAUCUGCUUGGCAAAGGGUGCAGCGUUUUACUCAGCUACUGUGGAAGAAAUGGUCGAUGUUGUAUUUAUCGAAUUUGCACAACAGAACGAAGUGGACACGACAAAGAGACAACAUCCACGUCGGAACUAUGGUUGUUCUUAAAGAAGAAAACCUUCCUCCAUUGAAGUGGCAGCUAGGUCGAGUAAGGGAGAUUACAACCGGCUCAGAUGGCAAUGUUCGAGUCGUCAAAGUACAGACAAAGGAUGGUAGUUACCAACGUGCAAUCUCGAAAAUUUGUGUACUACCCAUCCGUGAUAAUAUUUCACCUGCUGAGGAGUAUUAA